AUGGCUGACGCCUCCACCAACGACAUUGCCAUUGUGCUUGUGGCACUUCUCUCCGUGCUCGUCACGUCCGUCCGUUCUGCGGCCAACUACGACACCUCCGCCGCUAGAUCGUACAACUCCGGCUGGCUCCCCGCGAGGGCCACCUGGUACGGAGCGCCCACCGGCGCCGGCCCCAACGACAACGGCGGUGCUUGCGGCUUCAAGAACGUAAACCAGUACCCCUUCUCCUCCAUGACGUCCUGCGGCAACGAGCCUCUGUUCGACGGCGGCGCAGGCUGCGGCAGUUGCUACGAGAUCUGA